AAUCAGAAAUUGCGCGGGAAAACGUAUUAGCAAAUUUCGAGAGCGUUUCUUAAUUUGAUCUGGGAGUUAUAGAAACUAGCGAGAAAUAGUAUACAUUAAUAUUCUAAAAAAAAAGGGACGGUUUUAGAAAUUGUAAACACGAAAAAAAAAAAAAAUGUCAAGUCCUGCAACUCCUAAUAGCAAUUCUAGCAUUAGAGGUCAAAGAACACCUACGCGUCCUAUUAAUGGUCAUGACACAGAAACUCCAAUGCGUAUGGGCCCGAGGCAGCAAACUAAUCAUAAUCAUGCUUCGGAUAAUGUAAAUAUACCACCAACAUCACCAGGUGCCAAUGUCAGUUUGCCUGCUACAAGUCCUGCUAGAGGCUUGGCGACCAACGUAAGCGAAAUUGAUUUGAGCUCUCCUUUGAACUAUGGAACACCUAGUUCUAUGAGUUCCAUCAAAACUCCUCGCUCUGGUAUACGGGGCACACCAUUGAGGGCACGACCGGAUAUACGAACGGAUAAACGGAUGCGCCAAGUAGCUAUAGGCGGGACGUUGGAUCCCAUACACGAACGCCCGUCUGAAGGCACGGAUCCCUCCGAGGUUUCUUCGGCGCCCCAAAUGGUAGUUUGGGGUACUAAUGUGGUGGUUAGUCAUUGCAAAACAAAGUUUAAACAAUUUGUAAUGCGUUUUAUUGAUCCCACCGCUGAACAAGAUGAAAUCUCCGAGAACAUUGAUGUUAAUCAGCCUUUAUACCUACAAAAGAUGGAAGAAAUUCACACUUUGGAAGAGCCCUAUUUGAAUUUAAACUGCACUCAUUUAAAAACUUUUGAUGAAGCUUUAUAUCGUCAACUAAUUUGUUACCCUCAGGAAGUUAUUCCCAGCUUUGAUAUGGCUGUGAAUGAAAUGUUCUUUGAACGUUAUCCGGCCGCCGUUUUAGAGCAUCAAAUUCAGGUACGCCCAUUUAAUGCAGAUAAAACGCGUAACAUGCGUUCUUUGAAUCCUGAGGAUAUAGAUCAGUUGAUAAGUAUCUGCGGCAUGGUUAUUAGAACCUCUAACGUCAUACCUGAAAUGCGCGAAGCGUUCUUUAAAUGCAUUAUUUGCGAUUUCGUUACGACCGUUGAGGUAGAUCGAGGACGCAUUGCUCAGCCUACAUUGUGCACGAACUGCAAUACCAACCAUUGUUUCCGUUUGAUUCACAAUCGCUCUGAAUUUAGCGACAAACAACUGAUCAAAUUACAAGAAUCACCAGAUGAUAUGGCCGCCGGUCAGACACCGCAUAACGUGCUGCUUUUUGCUCACAAUGAUAUGGUAGACAAAGUCCAACCAGGGGAUCGUGUUACUGUUACAGGAAUUUAUCGUGCCACGCCUUUGAGGAAUACUAGUGGCGCAUCAAGUGUUAAAAGCGUUUAUAAGACUCACGUCGAUGUUGUGCACUUUCGAAAGGUAGACAAUAAGCGUUUGUAUGAAGAUGAAGAUGGCAAGGACCACAUUUUUCCCCCCGAGCGCAUUGAAUUAUUGCAUGCUUUGUCGCUCAAACGUGACAUCUAUGAUAGAUUGGCUCGAGCCAUCGCUCCCUCUAUUUAUGAAAACCAUGACAUUAAAAAGGGAAUAUUAUUGCAACUCUUUGGCGGCACUAAAAAGACGCAUUCUACGUUGGGUAGGCAGAAUUUCCGGUCAGAAAUUCAUAUAUUGUUAUGUGGCGAUCCAGGAACUUCCAAAUCGCAAAUGUUGCAAUAUGUUUACAAUUUGGUGCCCCGUUCACAGUACACUUCCGGGCGAGGUUCGUCUGCCGUGGGCUUAACCGCUUACGUGACCAAAGAUCCCGAAACGAAGCAAUUAGUCUUGCAAACUGGUGCACUGGUAUUGGCUGAUAAUGGUGUUUGUUGUAUUGAUGAGUUUGAUAAAAUGAGCGACUCCACACGUAGCGUAUUGCAUGAAGUUAUGGAGCAACAAACUUUAAGUAUAGCUAAAGCUGGUAUUAUAUGUCAAUUAAAUGCUCGAACUUCAAUUUUGGCUGCCGCCAAUCCGGCUGAAUCUCAAUGGAAUAAAAAGAAGAAUAUCAUAGAUAAUGUCCAGUUGCCACAUACUCUUCUUUCACGCUUCGAUUUGAUUUUUCUGGUCCUUGACCCUCAGGAUGAGCUUUUCGAUCGCCGUUUAGCAAGCCACCUUGUGUCUUUAUAUUACAUAACACGUCAUGAAGAAGAAGAUAGUUUAUUUGAUAUGGGUGUGCUAAGAGAUUACUUGGCAUAUGCGCGUGAACAUAUAUCUCCGACCUUAUCAGAAGAGGCGCAGCAGCGGUUAAUACAAGCUUAUGUGGACAUGCGUAAAGUGGGUUCGGGCAGAGGCCAGAUAUCCGCAUAUCCUCGUCAGCUAGAGAGUUUAAUACGUCUCUCUGAAGCCCAUGCUAAAGUUCGUUUAAGUCAACAAGUAACUGUUGUAGACGUGGAAGAAGCUUUUAGAUUACAUCGCGAAGCUUUAAAACAAUCCGCUACUGAUCCUUUGUCUGGUAAGAUUGAUGUGGGCAUUUUAACAACUGGCCUGUCGACUGCAGCCCGUAAAAACCGCGCCGAUUUGGUAGCGGCCAUCAAAGAGAAUCUUCGAAACAAAGGCAAGAUUCCUACUGUGCCAUAUCAAAAGUUAUUUAAGGAAAUUAAAGAUGCCUCUCAAAUUCUGGUUACCCGUGAACAAUUUGAAGAUGCACUCAAAGAAAUACAAGACGAAGGUACCAUUGUUGUAAUGGGGAAAAACACAAUACGAAUUUGCUAAUUAUUUUUACUUUUUCCUUAAAAAUUGAAAUAAAAAUGCAUUUUUAUGGUUAGUUUAUUGUUU